AUGAGGGUGCCUGUGCCGGGUCCGGCGGCCGGCCGCGAGCCCUCGACGCCCGGAGGCGGAGGCGCCGUCGCUGCCGCCUCAGGCGCCGCGGUGCCGGGCUCGGUGCAGUUGGCGCUGAGCAUCCUGCACGCCCUGCUCUACGCCGCGCUCUUCGCCUUUGCCUACCUGCAGCUGUGGCGGCUGCUCCUCUAUCGGGAGCGGCGGCUGAGUUACCAGAGCCUCUGCCUCUUCCUCUGUCUCCUGUGGGCAGCGCUCAGGACCACCCUCUUCUCCGCCGCCUUCUCGCUCAGCGGCUCCCUGCCCCUGCUCCGGCCGCCCGCUCACCUGCACUUCUUCCCCCACUGGCUGCUCUACUGCUUCCCCUCCUGUCUCCAGUUCUCCACGCUCUGUCUCCUCAACCUCUACCUGGCGGAGGUUAUAUGCAAAGUCAGAUGUGCCACUGAACUUGACAAACACAAAAUUCUGUUGCAUUUGGGCUUCAUAUUGGCAAGCCUUCUUUUUUUAGUGGUGAACUUGACUUGUGCAGUGCUAGUCCGUGGAGAUGUCCCAGAAAAUCAAUUGAAGUGGACGGUGUUUGUUCGAGCAUUAAUUAAUGAUAGCCUGUUUAUUCUUUGUGCCAUCUCUUUAGUUAGUUACAUAUGCAAAAUUACAAAAAUGUCAUCAGCAAAUGUCUACCUCGAAUCAAAGGGUAUGUCUCUGUGCCAGACUGUUGUUGUAGGCUCUGUAGUCAUUCUCCUCUACUCUUCAAGAGCAUGUUACAAUUUGGUGGUGAUCACCAUAUCUCAGGAUACAUUAGAAAGUCCAUUUAACUAUGGCUGGGAUAAUCUUUCAGAUAAGGCUCAUCUAGAAGAUGUGAGUGGAGAAGAGUAUGUAGUAUUUGGAAUGGUCCUCUUUCUGUGGGAACAUGUCCCAGCAUGGUCUGUGGUACUCUUUUUCCGGGCGCAGAGACUAAACCAGAAUUUGGCACCUGCUGGCAUGAUAAAUAGUCACAAUUACAGUUCCAGAGCUUACUUUUUCGACAACCCAAGACGAUAUGAUAGUGAUGAUGACCUGCCAAGACUGGGAGGUUCGAGAGAAGGAAGUUUAUCAAAUUCGCAAGGUUUGGGCUGGUAUGGCACCAUGACUGGGUGUGGCAGCAACAGCUAUACAGUCUCUCCCCACCUGAAUGGACCUAUGACAGACACUGCUCCUUUGCUCUUUACUUGUAGCAAUUUAGAUAUGAGCAAUCACCAUAGCUUGUAUGUAACACCACAAAACUGACAGCAUUACCGAGCCGUGAUUCUUCCAUUGUUUCUCAUGAACGUGUAUAUUCGAUGUGUUUAAAUGCCAUCUACAUAAACAUUCCAUUAUCUGUUGCAACUGAAAACACAGCCUGGAAAUGUGGUUCAGCAGAGAACACACCUGUUACUUUUGACUUCUUCAUAGCAACAUGAAGUAAAAUGGGAAGUUUGGAGUGGGAGAAAAGAAGGAUUAGAUCUUAAGGCACUUGAUGGCUGCAAACAUCCUGACUUUGGAACAUCAAAUGCAUAUUUGCAUAUUUGCACUUUUAUCUUUGUUCUGAAAGAGUACACUGCAGUCCCCAAAGUCACACUCUAGGGUUCACACUAGGAUAUUAUAUUGUACACCUAAUUAGGAGGCAAUUUCCCUAUGAAAAUCAAAGCCUGUAUAUUCAGUGGUAUAUUCUAUGUGGAAUUCUUACCCAAUAAAAUUUUACGGUGUGAACAGUGUGCAGGAUUAAGGUAUAACAAUGUACCAUUCUUUUUAAAAAUCUACUUAAAAA